AUGGAAACAAAAUGGUGGCUUGUGAGGAGGCGCAGCCGUUGCUAAGGGGGACAUUCUUUCUUUGUGAUUUACAUGUUCGGUUUGGGAAGGUGGAAAAAUGAUCACUGCUCCUGAUGUUGUGGCUCUCACUCACGAAGAUGACUACGGGGAGCAGUAUAGCGAUGACUCGGUGCCCCCUUUCCAAUUCCAAUCCGAAAACCCCUGGUCCAAGACGGCCACAGCUAAAUUCGAGAAGGAUUUCAUUCUGAUAUCCGAGUUUUCCGAGCAGGUAGGCCCUCAGCCUUUGUUAACCAUCCCAGACAAUGCCCGCGGUAACUUUGAUCUCAACUAUUUCUCUCUCAGGAUCAUGUCUGUGGAUUAUCAAGCCUCCUUUGUGGGGCACCCCCCUGGGACCAACUAUCCCAAGCUCAACUUUGUGGAGGACUCCAAGGUGGUGCUGGGGGACUCCAAGGAAGGGGCUUUCGCCUACGUCCAUCACUUGACUCUCUACGACUUGGAGGCGAGAGGUUUCGUCAGGCCAUUCUGCGUGGCUUAUAUCUCCGCCGAUGAAAACAAGAUCAUGCAGCAGUUCCAGGAGCUAUCGGAUGACUUUUCCAAAGCCUCCGAGUGUUUGAAAACUGGAAAUAGAAAAGCGUUUGCCACUGAACUGGAAAAGAAACUCCAGGACCUUGAAUACACUCGGAAUGUGUUACAUAAUGAAACAGAAAUCCAGAAAAGAUCUAACGAUAAGGGAUACUACUCUUCUGUCGCAAUUGAAAAAGCUAACGAGUUAGCCAAUGUGGAAAAGUGUAUAAUUGAACAUCAAGAUCUUUUAAUGCAGAUAAGAACUUAUUCACACAAAAAAACUAAAGACGCGGACUAUUUCUCAUAUGAGCCGGAAUAUGGCAAAGAACAAUUCGAAACCGGGUUGGAACAACUAAAUACAGACGAAAUAUGUGAAAAAAAUAGCUUUUCCGAUAGAAGAUCUUAUACACCCAAGUUCACAAGGGCUAAGCCGGCAAAAUGUUUUGAAAAAAAGUUGAAAACCCUAGAAGAACUUUGUGAUAACUACUUUUUUAAUCAAACUCUAGAACAGCUUAGGCAGGUAGAGAAAUUCUUCAGAGGUGAUGUAUGCUAUCUGAUUACAAGCCAAAUUGAAAAAGAACUGCUUCAGCAACAGCAAUUAACUUCCUUUCUGUUUGAAGACCCAUUACUCUUUGAUGAAGAACAAACUGAAAAACAACAACGCUGUGACAAAGUGCUUCCAGUUUUCAACAUUCUCAGCCCUAAGGUUUUGGAGCAUCCCUGUUUAUUAAAUGAGGCCACAAGCUUUGAAUCAUACAAGUCUUGUGUGGAGUCUGUGCCUAUUAAAUUGGAUCAGCAAGUCAACAUAGAGAGUUACCAUGGGACUGUGGCAGAUUCUAUCCCAUGUAAAAAUCCUCCAGGAGCUUCAGACCAUCUUGAACUGGAAGGGAAAGAAAAGGGAAGUAUCAGUAGCGGUGAAAGCAUUGAAGUACUAGGUACAGAAAAAUCCUGCCCAGCCCCAAUAUUUUCUAAAUCUGACAGCCAAGCAAAUCUGCAGUGCCAGCAUCCAGAAAUUGUGAGGAGGAAAUUUGUAGUCACCAGGCGGACAAAUAGCGAGGACAGCAUUGAAGUCCUCUGUACCACUGAAUCUUUGAUACCUGAAGACUUUAAGGCCACCUAUCCAAGUGCAAUACAUGAAGAAGAACCAACUUUAAACAAUGAAGAAGAAAAGCAGCUGAGCCCCAGUCUCUUGCAGCCCGAUGCAAAUCUAAACCACAGUAAUGAGUUUAGCAAGGCAGAUUUUGAAAAUAACACCAUAACACUGCCUGUUUUAUCUGAGCCUAUAGACUCCACUUGUUGUAUUGGGAAAGAGAGCCCAAAUUUUACUAAAUCAGUACCUACGUUUGUAACUGAAGAAUACAAUGAUGGAGUAGUCAAUGUUCCACCACAACGCAGUAAAACCAUAGACCAAAUAUUCCACAGUGAUUUCCCACAGCAAGAUGAGGUUAAUGGAUUAUAUGUUGCUGGUGAUCAAGCAUUAUCUACCUAUGAGAAAAUGUACAAUGAUGUAUCUGGUAAUGGUGAAACAGCUCAACUUCCAGUAGAUGAAUAUUUGGACAACAUGAGUUAUAUUAGUGCGUCAUUAUGUUCUGACAGGACUCCAUCUCCAGCUUUACCAAACUGUCCAGUAAAAAGGGCCUCUGGAAAGCAUAAGAAGCAGUCUGGGAAGAAUUCAUUGUGGUUUAUAAGGCAAUAUUCUUUUGCACAACAGGCAAUUUUUUCAUUGCUGUCCGGCCGGACAUUGGUAAUAGUAGGCGAACAAGAAGGAAAAGUUAAGAAGCUUAUCAAUGCUUUAUCAACAUUUGUCCCUAAUUAUGGCAGAGAUUCAGACUCAAUAAAGCAAUGGGUAACGUUCCCUUUGCACAUCAACCAUUUACAGACCUGGAAACUCAUUGGACUUCAGAGAAUAGCUUCUCCCUUGGGUACCAGUAUAUUGCACUCGCUGAAUCGGUACAGUCGCUACAUCAGUGUUCUAGAUUGUGACAACAAAACUCUCCGUUGCCCGCAAUAUAAAGGACUGCUGAUCACCAGACUGGCAGACCACAGGACUCAAAUAAAGAGGGGCAGCACAUAUUACAUGCAUGUCCACAAUAUGCUGACCCAACUAUGCUCCCAGGCUUUUCUCUACACUUUCUGUCAUCACCUGCACCUUCCUAUUGAUGAAAGAGAAACUGAAGAAUCAGUCACCUGUCGAAGGGUUAAUUUUUUAAAGCACCACCUGGGCCUAAUGAAUGACGAUAGCAAAAUUGUGCAAUACUUUGCAGAGCUGAUAAAGAUGCACUACCUACAAGAACCUGCAAAGGGCUUAAAUCCGGUUCUGCGAUUUAACUACACCUCCAGCAGUGUGUUUAAGAUCUAGUUCUGCAACAUUCUCCAUUCAAUGCUGACAUUUUAUUUUGUACUUUGCUCACAGAAAAGCAUGACUUUUUUCUGUUGGUUUUCCUACAUUGCUGUACUGUUGCCUGCACCGUGAAAAUGCAUCAAUCUGGCUAAGGCAGGUAAAGGAAAGUUGAGCAUUUCUUAUUUACAGAUUAUUGGAUAAUGUUUUAGUGAUGAGAUGAAUCAAGAAUUUACAGGUCUGGUAAAUUCAUGUGUCUUCAGCUCGGUG